AGUUUUGUCUGAGGAAAAUUCUCAUCAGUAUUAUAAACAGCAGAGGAAAAAAGUGAACGCAGCUUGAUCCUUCGCGAAAGAAAGGACAUUUUUUAUAAGGAAGAAGAAAAUAUCAUCACCAUCGAAUUCGGAUCGUGUUCCGCAAGCAGCAGCCCUCUCCAGGUCACAGGCAAUCCCAUGGAAGAUCUCAGCCAAGCUGAAGACACGGACACGAUAAGUAACUGGAAGAACAUUAUACAAUAUUGCAAGGAAAACAACGAGCAGUUUGUGGAUGACUCGUUUCCGCCAGCCCCGAAAAGUCUUUAUUACAAUCCGCACUCGUCGGUGGAGACGAAUCCGGUUGUGCAGUGGCGACGGCCGCACGCGAUAACCUGCGAUGGUGGGAACUGCCAUACGUGGACGGUGUUCCGUACGCCGCUGCCGAGUGAUAUCUGCCAGGGUGUGCUGGGCAACUGUUGGCUGCUCAGUGCGCUGGCCGUUCUAGCCGAGAGGGAAGACCUGGUCCGGAAUGUGCUAGUUACCAAAGAAAUAAGUCAGCAGGGCGUGUACCAGGUGCGGUUGUGCAAGGACGGCAAGUGGACAACGGUCAUCGUGGAUGAUUUGCUGCCGUGUGACAAGAAGGGCAAUCUGGUGUACUCCCAGGCGAAGCGUAGACAGCUGUGGGUACCGAUAAUCGAGAAAGCGGUCGCCAAGGUUCACGGUUGUUACGAAGCCCUAGUGUCGGGACGUGCCAUUGAAGGACUUGCAACGCUCACCGGAGCACCUUGCGAGAGCAUUCCGCUGCAACCGAGCUCAAUUACACUUCCCAGUGAGGACGAGCUGGACAAGGAUCUCAUAUGGGCCCAGCUGCUCAGUUCCCGGAUGGCGCAGUUCCUGAUGGGUGCCAGCUGCGGCGGUGGAAACAUGAAGGUCGACGAAGCUGAAUACCAAAGCAAAGGACUUCGACCUCGGCACGCAUAUUCGGUGCUGGACGUGAAAGACAUUCAAGGACAUCGGCUGCUGAAGCUUCGCAACCCGUGGGGCCAUUUCUCCUGGCAGGGUGAUUGGUCGGAUGUUUCCGAGUGUUGGUCCGACGAGCUGCGUAAUAUUCUCAUCCCGCACGGUGGUUCCGAGGGUGUGUUUUGGAUUUCCUUCGAGGACGUCUUGAAGUACUUUGAUUGCAUCGAUAUUUGUAAAGUGCGCAGCGGGUGGAGCGAGGUGCGACUGCUGGGGACGCUGCAACCGCUUUGCGCCACUUCCUGUGUGCUGCUGACGGCGCUGGAACCGACCGAAGCCGAAUUCACGCUCUUUCAGGAAGGUCAACGAAACUCGGAAAAGUCCCAGCGCUCUCAGCUGGACCUUUGCAUAGCAGUAUUCAGAACGCGAAACUCGGAAAACUCCAAAGUGGGUCGCCUGGUCGAGCACAGCAAGAGACAAGUACGCGGAUUUGUCGGCUGCCAUAAGAUGCUCGAGCGGGAUCUGUACAUUUUGGUGUGUCUCGCGUUCAACCAUUGGCAUACGGGAAUUGAAGAUCCGUCGCUUUAUCCACAGUGUGUUCUGGCGCUGCACAGUUCGAAAAAUCUGUUCGUCGAACGAAUAGCACCUCCGCCGUAUCUCCUGGCGGACGCCAUUAUAAGCCUUACCCUAACCAAAGGUCAGCGCCACGAAGGUCGUGAAGGCAUGACUACCUUCUACCUGACCAAAGGUUGGGCCGGUCUGGUGGUUAUGGUGGAGAACCGCCACGAAAAAAAGUGGAUCCACGUCAAGUGUGACUGCCAGGAGAGCUACAACGUGGUCUCGACGCGCGGCGAACUCGUCACGAUCGAUUCGGUGCCGCCGAUGCAGCGACAGGUCGUGAUCGUGCUGACGCAGCUCGAGGGCAGCGGAGGUUUCAGCAUCGCGCACCGGCUCACCCAUAGACUGGCCAAUUCCAGCGGACUGCACGACUGGGGCCCACCAUCGGCCACCCAUUGUCCACCUAUUGAUAACGUGACUGACCUGCACGCACCACGUAUGAUAGUAUAGUUAAAUGCAAAGUGAAAAACCAAUUCAAGCAAGAUAACAAGAAAAAAAACAGACACAACAAAAAAAAUUGUAACGACAUUCUUGUGGCGAGGAGAUGUUAUGUUUAUAUUUAGUCAUUGUCAUUUCGCGGUAUGUACUGUUUUCCCCCCCAGAAUGAGAAGAAACCCGGAGAUUACUUAGCAAAAAUGUGAGA